UUUCAGGAGAGGAGGGAAUAAAUAAAUGUCAUUGAAAUGUCAGCAAUAUGGAACAAAUUAGUCUUCUGCCCCACUCCUUCUCGCUGUCUCUCUCUCUUACUGGCUCUCUCGCCAGCUCUCUCUCCAUCUAUCUAUCUAGUCAGGGCUUUAAACACCUGCAUACCUAAUUGGAUACUUAUAUGUAUAUAAUAUAAUAUCUUACGCCUUUUGUAAUAAAAGUCACGCCAAUAAAGGUGCCGCCGACUUCGCAUAAGUUAUCGAAUGUUAGCUAUUUUCUACCCCAAAAAAGAGAUUAUUUGGCUUUAUCCUCAUACCACCACCUUGGACAAUUAUUUUCAAAAGCAUAUACAUAUAUAAAUACACAGUAAACUUGCAAUUUCCCAUAAAUUCUUGAUUCACACAUCUUUUCAAAUUUCCCGCUAUCAAAUUUUCUAUGUUCAAUGCAAAAUGACUUUCAAUUCUUCUACUGAACAACUGAUAAAUUUGUCCCAUAAUAAUCAUAACAGUAAUAAUAAUAAUAAUAAUAAUAAUAAUCUUAAUUCAUCACAUAACGAGAAUCGUAAUUUCCGUGUGAAUUCAAUGCUUAGCGGAUUACCAAACCUGAUGGGUUUACAAGCAAAUACUUCUUCAAGUUUGGAUUCUCAGUCCAGUCUGUCAAUAUCUGCAGCAAUGAAUGCCGCAGCCGCCGCAGCAGCAGCAGCAGCUUUAUACGGACAACAACGAAAUCAACAGUCUAUGAAAUUCCCCCUACUACCAACAUGGUUAUCAUCAAAUCCUUUAUGGGAUAGAAAACAUUGUCUAGACUUAUCGUCUAAUAAUUUUGGAUUAUUCCCCAACGGAGCAACCGAUAAUCUCAGCGAAGUGAUGAUGAAUAAAUGUAACGAUGAUAGUUUGUCUGAUUUAUCAUUACUCGGGGACAAUUAUAAAUUAGAGUCUAGCGUUCGUCCAGUUUAUAAGAGUCCUACUCGUACAAAUGUUACCAAUGGGCCAAUAGUAGUUACAUCACCUGUUCAUCAAGUUGAGUUAAAUAACUCAACUCAGUCAUCAUUGUCAAAUCGCUUUUCAACUUCAGAUUUAAAUAAACAACAAUCUGAUGAAAUUGGUAGAGAUGGUCAAUUGAUAAAGACACGGUUAGAUCAUUCGUUACAGAAUAAUACUUCAUCAGUUAAUAAUAAUAAUAGUUCGAAUACGUCGACUUUUACUCCCCCAUCGACUCCACCACCGCCUCUAUCUGGUACUUCUUCCACUAUAUCUCCGAUUAUGUGUGAUGAUGUUCAGGGCAUGAAAAUGAAUUAUUCUCAGUCAGCUAUGGCUAUGGCAGCAAUGGCUGCAGCUGCGAUAGCUACUAAUAACUUCAAAAUGUCAUCAACAAGUACUUCUUCAAUGAAUCAAACAGUUAAUGAAAUGAAAUUAAUGAAUAAUACUAUUACAAAUAGCAUAAUUAAUAAUAGUGGUAAUAGUAAUAAUAACAAUAAUAAUAAUAACACCCCUGAUAUUGAUUCAAUUAUGAAUGCUGUAGCCGCAGCGGCUUCAGUUAUGGGAUCCCAUUUAUUACUAAAUAAUAGUAAUAAUAAUAAUAUUGUUUCUUCUACAAAUACUAAUCCUAUCAACACUGGUAUGAAUAAUCGUUCAAUCAAUGAUUGGAAAAUGCAUUCUUCAAUAAAAGACCAAGAGAUCAAUAAAGUUAGAAAUAAUACAUCAUCAACUUCAUCAUUAUUGCCAGAUUUUAAAUCGUCUACAUCUUCGUUGUUAAUGCACUCGAAUUUUGAUGCAUCACCAUUUGGAGGAAUGGAUUCAUCAAAUUUAUCAUCAUCACCAGAAUCAUGUGGAGUUCGACCUGAAGUUGAACUGGUCGAUAAAUCAUUAUGGGAUAAAUUUCAUUGUCAUGGAACAGAAAUGGUGAUUACUAAAAGUGGAAGACGAAUGUUCCCGCCAUUCAAAGUGAAAAUUACUGGUUUAGAGAAACGCGCCAAAUAUAUUGUUUUAAUGGAUAUUGUAGCCUUAGAUGAUUGUAGAUACAAAUUUCAAAAUAAUUUAUGGACAGUUGCUGGUAAAGCAGAUCCUGAAAUGCCUAAACGUAUGUACAUACAUCCAGAUUCUCCGUCAACUGGUGAACAAUGGAUGCAAAAGAUUAUCUCAUUUCAUAAACUUAAACUGACUAACAAUAUUUCUGAUAAACAUGGCUACACAAUACUGAAUUCAAUGCACAAAUACCAACCAAGAUUUCAUUUGGUCCGUGCAAAUGAUAUCCUUCGAUUACCCUAUUCUAAAUUCCAUACAUAUACAUUCAAAGAGACUCAAUUCUUAGCGGUUACUGCUUAUCAAAAUGAAAAGAUAACACAACUGAAGAUUGACAAUAAUCCCUUUGCUAAAGGAUUUCGUGAAUCCGGUGGAGGAAGACGAGAUAAAAAAAGGUUGGACAGUUUAAAGUAUCCUAAUCGGCCUAUAAAUCAUAAUAAUCAUAAUCAUAACAAUAAUAACUGUGACAAUCCAAAGGAUGUACGUGAAAUCUACGAAAGUCCUGUAAACACCUCCUCUGAUACAGAAAAUGAACAUGACUUGGACGAUUUAGAUAUGCAUUUAUCCAGCCAAUUCAACAAAGAUAACUUAUCUAUAAAUUCUAUGAAAACAUUAUUGCCAUUACAUUUAAACAGAACAGAUUUAAAAUCUGUUAGAUAUUCCAGUAAACGUAUGGGAUCAAAAGGAUUAGGUGAUUUGGGCAGUAGAGUUGAAAAAAUCCGUCGUACUAAUAAUCAAUCUGAUCAACAUUUCUAUGCAUCAAAUGAAAGUAUGUACAAAACGGAUUUCAGUGUGAGCAAUAAUAAUAAUAAUAAUAACAAUCAUGGAAUGAGUUAUCACAAAGACAUCGACUCUUUACGGAAUACAUCCCCAUCAUUUCUUUGUCCAACUACACCAGGAAGUUUGUUUAAUUCAUGUCAACCAGAUCUAAAGCAUAAUUAUUUAACACAUCUGCCUAAGUUUAGUGAGAUUCCACCAAAUGUAACAGUUAUCCCUGGUGAAUCAGGUGGACGGUUUAAUAAUGCCAUUACUACUAAUACUACUACUACUUCUACUAAUACAACUAAUCAUAAUAACAGUGAAAGUUUGUCACACUGUGAUGAUGAAAUAAAUCCUCAUAAAUUUAGAUUUCCACAUAAAAAUCCGACCAUCACAGAUAAAAAUGAUCCUAGUCAAUUCAAUAAAUUCUUAUCUGCAUGGACGCAUCACUUUACAUCCCAGCUUAUUCAAAAUCAGUUAAUGGAACAAAAAUUACAUCACCAUCCAUCAACAUCGUCGUUUACAACACCACCGGUGCCAUUGACAACAAAAGCUUCAACAGACUACUACUCCCAGUCAUCAUUUCAACAAUUGGAUGAUGCUGUAACACAUGGAGAUGUUAUCAGUGGAAUUAAUCCCCUGUCAAGUUAUGCUUCAAAUCUUGCCUUUUAUAUGCAACAAUAUCCUCAAUUUAUCCCACACAUAUUAUCACUUUUAUAUCAAAAUCCUUUCCAAGCAAAAAAUCAAGGGACUAACACAUCCAACGCAUUGUUUAAUGAUGAUAGUAUUACAAAUACAAAUAAUAAUAAUAAUAAUAAUAAAUAAUA